GUGGGAAGCUAGGGUUUUGUAAAGUGCAGCCGUAGGUUUGAGGAAAAUGAAGACAAUUCUCUCGUCUGAGACCAUGGACAUCCCCGAUGGGGUUAAGAUCAAGAUCAACGCGAAGGUCAUAGAGGUGGAGGGUCCUCGUGGUAAGCUCACCCGCAAUUUCAAGCAUUUGAACCUCGAUUUCCAUCUCAUCAAGGACGAAGCCACUGGAAAACGUAAACUCAAGAUCGAAGCUUGGUUCGGCUCUAGGAAGACCAGCGCCGCUAUCCGCACCGCCCUUAGCCACGUUGAGAAUCUCAUCACGGGCGUCACCAAAGGGUACCGCUACAAGAUGCGAUUUGUCUACGCCCACUUCCCUAUCAACGCCUCCAUCACUAACUCCAACACUGCCAUUGAGAUUCGGAACUUCCUUGGCGAGAAGAGGGUCAGGAAAGUGGAUAUGCUUGAAGGUGUAACUGUUGUUCGGUCUGACAAGGUUAAAGAUGAGCUUGUAUUGGAUGGGAAUGACAUUGAAUUAGUGUCACGGUCCGCUGCCUUGAUAAACCAGAAAUGCCAUGUUAAGAACAAAGAUAUCAGGAAAUUCCUUGAUGGUAUCUAUGUCAGUGAGAGAGGGACUGUUGUUGAAGAAGAUUGAGAAAUAUAGAUUUGGUAUUCUAUAUCAUAUUUACCUUUGUUUUCCCAGGUUAUGAGGAUAUCUUUUUGUUUUUGGUUAUUAUUCAGAAAAUUUUCUAUUGCAAAA